AUGGAGGCAUCUCAAGGCAAGAGCGGCCGAGAUCGCAGCGUGUCGGGUGAAGUUGAGGAAUCUGAGUUUGGAUCACCUCAGGAGAAUGGGCGGGAGGAGUCGCAGGACCUGCCCAGUGGAAAGCCUGGCCGAAAGAAAAACCCAAAUUCACAAGCCGCUCGACGUGACCAAAACCGUAUUGCACAACGUGAAUUUCGCCUGCGCAAACAACAGCGCAUUCGCGAUUUGGAGGCGAGGGUCGAGAUCCUCUCGGGUGGCAAAGAUGAGGCUGUCAGCGAGAUGAGGAACAUCCUCAAAGACUUGAUGGCGGAAAACCAAGUGCUUCGCAACUUGCUUCGCAACCUCAGCGGGUUCAUCGGCGAUGGCGCCGGAGGCCUGUUGCCAAAGCUAGGCUGGACCUUACAAGAUUUCGACCAUUUCAUCAACAAAUCAGAGACGGAUACAGCAUGGGAGGGAUACCAACAACGGAAGCAGACUUCCACACCGAUGGCGGGUGGUGCUGGCCCUAGCACGCGCAAGCGAGGGUCCGAAGACGAUUCGCUUUCCUCUGUCUCAAAAAAACCUCGUGGGCCUGGGGAGCGCGAUGAGAGCGGUCGUUCUGAUGGGUUCCCGGUUAUCAUGCCCCUCAACCCCGUCGGUUCCUCAAACAACCUCUACUCAAACACAGGCAGGUCACCUCACGAAAACAGCCUCUUCUCCGACCUCAUGCGCGGCUCAAACGGUUCGACGAUGUUUGUUGGUGGUCCCUCAUCCCCUGCGUCGCCGGCGUAUGCCGCAUCUUCGUCCUCCCAAGUUCCAGCAUCCGGCAACAAUUAUCAACCUCCGUACCUGGCUCCAGUGAACAUGAACGUUGAGAACUCUAUGCAGCCCUUGCCAUUUGUGGGGAACGCCUCCGGCUCUGUGCAACAACCCAGGAUGCAGCAGACCUUACCCCCAAUGGACGAGAACGAGGGGCCCGACCCAAAGAACGAAGAAGCACAGAAAUUGAUAUCAUAUCAUCUGGACAACUACAAGAGAAACAGUGCCUAUUGUCUUCCGGCCUCGCUUCGUCCAACUUUGGUACAGAGAACCGUGCCUCAUGAAAGCGUCAUCGACCGCAUUCCUCACCCGGAACUGCGUGAUCGUUUGAUCCUUCUUAGAGGUCGUGUUAACCUUGUGGACUGCAUGCACGAUUAUGCCAUGUCGGUCACCAUCCACGGGGACGACGUCUUGGCCCACAGCAACUGGGAGAUCGGAGAGACGUGGCUCAGACGAUACGGAUUUCUUCUCGACCAGGGCACACUAAACAUCUGCAACAGAUGGAGGAGGGAUCGCGGUCUCUCCGAGCUUAGACUGUCAGAUCUGGCACCCGCAGACUCCCAGGCAAUGUAACUGUUCGACGACGUUCGAUACGAGUGAUUGCUUCCAGGUGUAGCUCGGAUCCAUGGACCUUCUUCGCAGCCACAUAUUCCUUUCUUAUCUUUAGGAUUAUAAGCUACUCCGUCUGGCGUGUGUCUAAUGUACUGAACGAUGUGUUGGUUAUUUCACUGACUAUCCCCUGAAUAAAAUUAAGCCUUUCUUCUUCU